CAUUAACGAGAGCUGCUGGGCCGGACCGGGUCGGAGCCAUGGCAGGCGCAGGGCUGCUGGAGGAACUGGAGCUCAGUGCCGAGGAGGUGGAGCGGCUCCAGCGGGCCUUCCGCGACGAGAAGUUCCGGGCGCUGUUCGCCGAGUACACGGCGGAGCUGGCCGACCCAGAGCAGCGUCGGCUGUACGAGGAGGAGGUGACGGCCCUGGAGCGGGAGCGCGGCAUGGAGGUGCGCUUCAUCCACCCUGAGGCGGGCUACGUGCUGCGCACCAGCCAGGCCGGCUCCCGCCGCUGCUACCUCAACGUCUGCAGCAACCCGCACGUCGGGGCGCCGCAGGCCCGAGCCGAGGACGGCGGCCACCGCUGGGCCCUUCCCUACAGUCUGGCUCCGGGUCGCGAGGAGCUGAGCCGCGGGGGCCAGCGCCGUCUGGUCUACGACGUGGUUUUCCACCCGGCGGCGCUCCGCCUGGCCGCCCGCAACGCCCGCUUCCGCCGCCUGCUCAGCGACACGGCGCUGGAUGCUGUGGAGCGCCACUGCUCCGUGGAGCUCGACCGCGCCAACGCCGUCGUCCUCCGCGGCACCAAGUACAAGGGCGUCCCGCAGGUGCCCGUCAUUCGCACCCCACUGCCCGGAGGCGCCCCGCCACAGCCUGACGACGGUGACUCUCCACUGCCGCACUUCCCUUUCCCGCCCGCUGCAGCCGCCGCCCCGCCGCCAGCCGCCCCCCCGCCGCCGGCACGGCCUCCUGGCCCCACCACGCCGCGCUGGAGCAUCCGCCACCGCUCCUACGUGGACCUGCAACACUAUCGGUAUAGCCGCGACUCGGCGCCCAGCCCGGUGCCACGGGAGCUGGUAGUGACGGUGGAGCUUCCGCUGCUGCGGUCCGCCGCCCAGGCAGACCUGAACAUCUGCGGCCGGGAGCUGCGCCUCGACUCGCAGCGUCCCGCCUACCGCCUUCGCCUCCGCCUCCCUUACGACGUAGACGAGAGCCGCGGGAGCGCCGCCUUUAACAAGGCCCAGCGGCAGCUCGUGAUCACGUUGCCCGUGGUACCGCAGCCCGGCCCACGGGAGCCGCUAGAGCUGGGCGGGGAGCGGGUGGAGAAGGCCGAACCGAGUGCCGAGGCGGGCGGGGGGGCGGCUUCUACCCCAGGCGGCAGCGGCGGCACGGUCCAGAGCAUGUGCGACGGCGGGGAGCCCGCCGAUCCACCCGCCGGUGGCGACCUGUCACCACCCCGCUCCGGCGCCGCUUCUCCUGCUCUGUGCUCCAGCCCCGAGCAGGCUGUGACCUGCGGCCUUGAUGAGGACGCCUCUCUGUGCCUUCCCGGGAACCCGGCCCUGCUGACCGUGAAGGGCAUCCCUAACGAGAUGGCUCUUCCCCGGGACUCCGGCAGCCCUGAGGCUGCCCUGUGCCCUCCCUUCCAGUGCCGGCAGGAUGAGACCUCCCUUACCCUGCUCGUGCAUGUGCCCUGCAUCAAGCCCCAGAGCCUCAGCGAGGACGUGGGCACGAACCACUACAGCCUCCACUUCUCCAGUGAGACUGGUUCCUAUGCCCUCUUCUUACAGUUUCCACCUGAAAACAAGCUGGCGUCCACUGAGACCAGCGUUAACGUGUCUGCCCACAACGCUGCCUUUGUGCUCACCAAGGCCCCUGACAGCACUGGGCUCUGGGAGAAGUUCAGCUUCGGCCUUGAAGCCUCCACUCUGCAGGAAAGAUGGUUUGUCAGUGAAGAAAACAUUGAUGGAUUUCUAGGCACUGUUUCAUGCCCUUCCUUUUGCUUCCAAUCAGCACCAGAAAGCCAGCCAUUAAUUGAAGUGCUUGAUGUUACGGAGGACAGAAUUCAAAUCAGGUUGACGCCGCAGGAAACAGUCCAUUCUGAAUGUGAUGGAAAAGAAGAAAUGCAUAGCAGCUCAGGAGGAGAGCUUGAUGAAAAGACAAAUGGCGACUACCCCCAAACAAAGGCAGAAACAAACUGUACUGCCGCUGACACAGUUGAGGGAGAACGUGCUGCAGAAACUAACAAAAUUUCCACAUCUUUUGCUGAAACAAUAGGAAAAGUAGGUUGUAGUUCACACCAUUGUUUGCAGCAUGAACCUUCUGACACCAGUUCAGCGAUUCCUGGCGAAUCUAGGAGAAAGCAACCAGAUUUAGAAAGUGCUGCCAUUGCAGAUGAAAGGGCUGUGGCUGCAAGCUCUGAAAAACAAGCAGGCCUUCUGCGGGAGGAGCAGGCGGGAGGCGAAGGGGAUGAAGUGGCUACUCCUGCAGGGUCAGCGCAGGGGGACCAGCACAGCUCGGACAGCAGAGCAGUCUCCCCGCUUCUGCGAGAAGUGAGCACGCAGGAUGGGAGUGUGCAGAUCAUCAGGGAUCACGUAACGCACUGCCCGGUCACCUUCCAGAAUUCUUUGCUGUAUGAAUUAGACUAGUUGAAUUAUUUUAGGAUUUCCUUCUGUUGUUCACUGCUUUACUGUGACUUCCACAGGUUGGUUUAUGACUUCAGGACCAAGAGUAGAACAUGGGUUCCUACUCAAACUGUUUUGUUUACAUGUUGACAGGGAAUACCUGUAUUGUUAAUAAUUUGUGAAGUUAGUAGGUCUGAGUUUUCUUAUGUAUGGGCUGAAAUAGUUUUACUUAACCAGAAGGGUGCAGUUGAAGAUGAAUAUGAGCUUGGGGAAGAAAAAUGCAUCUUAAUGUUUACAUACCUUUCUUAGUCUCUUGCUGCAUUACAGGGAGCAUUUGUAUAUAUUCUCCUUUUAACGGCUCCCUCAGGAUUUGCUGUGUUUAAUCCACACAGAAAUGAGCAGUAGUCAUAAUUUUUCAAACCUUUUUGUGAUAACUGCAGGAUUAGAUUUGCAGUGAUUUGUAGCAAGGAGCUGAAAUUUCUAAUUACACAGAGAAGUUCUAACUAGUCUCUGAGAAAUAACCAGCAUUUAUAGUGUAUUCCAUCCUAGUGUGUUACUUUAGAUCCACAGCACCUACUCCAGUCUGUCAAGCUAGCAAAUUCAGCUGCACAGUAAAAGCAGCCUUUUUUGUUGUACAUCUGCUACAAAAUAUUUACAAUUUGUAAAAGGCAUUUUUAUCCCGAUUACUUUUUAAAAACAGUUCCCCAAGAGCUUCAGCAUGCUGUUUGCUGAUUCACCUCUCUGAAGAAAGGAACAGAUCUAGUAAUAAACUUUCAGUUCCCUUUCUCACUA